GACGUGCUUUGUGUUCUCUGCUAAAGUACUCAUAAUAUUUGUCAGUGUAAUUUAAGUUAAAUAUUUCAUAAUGUUAUGGACUUCAAUAGCAUAUUUACAAUUAAAUGUAUUAUUACCUAUCAUAGAUGUUUUAUCGCUGAUGUUUCUUGUGGUGGCCUCUCUUCUGUUCAAGACUCAAGAAUACACCACACUAAAUAACAUCGCCGAUGUCGAUAGUUUUGACUUCAUCGUGGUGGGUGCGGGUUCAGCGGGCUGUGUGCUGGCCAAUCGUCUCACGGAGAUUGGGAACUGGAGCGUGUUGCUGAUCGAAGCUGGCGACGAUCCGAGUCCGAUUUCUGAUAGUCCUGGAUUAUCGGUGUUGAUGCCAAUGGUGCUACCUGACUGGAAUUAUUACACACUUGACGAUGGUUACUCCAGCCAAGCGCAAAAUACAAAAAACAUACAUAUGAUUAGGGGGAAAAUGUUGGGAGGAUCCAGUGGCGUCCAUUACAUGUACUAUGUAAGAGGAAAUAAAGCAGAUUAUAAUCAAUGGACCCAAUUAGGUAACCCUGGCUGGGACUGGCAAAAUGUGUCGCAUUAUUUCAAAAAAAGUGAACACUUAUUAGAUCCUGUUAUAUUAAAUAGUAAAACUGCUAACCUGCAUGGAAAAGAUGGUUACAUGCUUGUGACUCGACCAGUUUGGAAAGGUAGAGCUGAACGGUAUCUGAAAGCUUUCGAAGAAGUAGGUAACAAUGUAUUUCUUGACACGAACGGAAUAGAACAAAACGGCUUUUCUCAUCCAUCAUUUACAAUUGGUAAUCGUCUAAGGCAAAGCACUGCGGUUGCAUUUCUACAACCAAUAUUGGACAGAAAAAACUUAUACUUAUUAAAAAAUACGUUAGCAAGAAAACUAAUUUUUGAUAAUGAUAAAAAUAUCGUCGGCGUAGAAGUAAAAUUAUCAAAUAAUAAAAUUUUAACCAUAGGAGCAAAAAAAGAAAUAAUUUUAUCAGCAGGUGCUAUAAACAGUCCUCAACUAUUAAUGCUGUCUGGAAUAGGACCAACAGAUCACUUAGAUAAAAUUGGAAUUAAAACAUUAGUAGAUUCACCUAAUGUUGGGAAAAAUAUGCAAGACCAUGCUUUAGUUCCAGUAUUGAUAAGUGGAGAGAAAAAUAUAGGAUCAUUUUUUGAGACAAUAAACGUCUUUACAAAUCUGGACAAAUUUCCGACGUCGAGUUUGCUCGGGCAUGUCGCUUUAGAUAAAUCUCAAACAUAUCCAGAUUACCAGGCAACAGUUCUUCCACAACAUAGAGGAUCUAUACUGCCAGUAUUCAUGUGCAAAAAUGUAUUCAAGUGGAAUAAUAAAAUAUGUAUUUCAAUGGCAAAGGCUGCUUUAAAAAGAGAUGUCGCAUUCGCGGUAUUAACUUUACUGCAUCCGGCCUCUAAAGGUAAAAUUGAACUGAAAAGUAGUGACCCAGAAGUUGCACCUUUAAUAUAUACCGGUUUCUUUUCUGAUGUACAAGAUAUUGAAAAGUUCGCAAGAUGUGUUGAAGAUUAUACUAAAGUAAUAAAUUCGUCGUAUCACAAAAGUUGUGAAGGUGAGGUUGUGGAUCUGAAUAUCGAGGAAUGUGAUAAAUUACCAUUUGGAAGUCAUGAAUAUUGGAAAUGCUAUGUAUUAAAUUUGUCAGCCACACAGUUUCAUCCAGUAGGUACUUGCGCAAUGGGACCAGAAGGUGUCGUGGAUGAAAGAUUAAGAGUAAAGGGUGUGAGAGGUCUACGUGUAGUAGAUGCCAGUGUGAUGCCUACUAUUACUAGCGGAAAUACUAAUGCCCCUGUUGUGAUGAUAGCAGAAAAAGCGGCUGAUAUGAUUAAAACAGAUAAUAGUUGGUAAUG